GAUAAUGAUGUAAAAAGACUGGAGCGUCCUGCGCGUAACGAGGAUCACCGCGGAGAUCCAGUGAAGGUGAAUCAGACACAGAAAGAGAGAGAGGCGGGAGAGAGCGGCACUUAUUACACGAGUCUCCUCCUCAUCUCUACACCUCAACUGACAAGUGGAGAGAGCCUGCAACUUCAACACUGACACACAACCAAACGCGUAAAGGACGAACAGAGGAAGAAACUCACAGAGACGCGUCAAAGAGUUUCCAGAAGCGGCCAUAGCCUGCAACGACGCGGAAUCCACGAGGCUAUGGACAGGAGGUUGAACUUGAACGGCGGAGCAGGGGACAUUUUUCACAAAACUCUCAGCGCCGUGUCCAACAAAAAGAUGGACCAUUUCAGAUCAUCGGCCGGCAUUGAACUACCAGCGAGAGACCGCCAGUCGCCGAUAAGUUGCUUUGACCAGGCCGAUCAAGACCCGAUUCAGCCGGGAGGACUGACUGGAGGUAGAGGGGGGCCGCUGGGUCUGCCGACCGGAUCUUUGUGCGUCAAGUACGGGGAGAGCGCCAACAGGACCUCGGCGGCAGAGAGCAGCGGCGGAGAGCAGAGCCCCGACGAUGACAGCGAUGGCAGGUGUGACAUGGUCCUUCUAGCUGACGGGCGGACAGUGGCCGCGGGGAAAACUGAAGGAGGUAAGAAAACCAAAGAGCAGAAAACACUGAGGCUAAACAUCAACGCCAGAGAAAGACGACGGAUGCACGAUCUGAACGACGCGCUGGACGAGCUCAGAGCGGUCAUCCCCUACGCGCACAGCCCGUCAGUUCGGAAACUCUCCAAAAUUGCCACUUUGCUGCUCGCCAAAAACUACAUCCUCAUGCAGGCGCAGGCACUGGAGGAAAUGAGGCGACUAGUGGCGUAUCUCAACCAGGGCCAAGCCAUCUCCGCAGCUUCGAUACCGGCCACCACUGCCCUCGCAGCUCCGGGCUUGGGCGCGUACGAGCAGCCGCCCGGAUACCCCUUCCCCACCGGAGUGGCCGCGUCCUCCUGCCCCGAUAAAUGUGCCCUGUUCAACAACGCCACCUCCAGCCUCUGCAAACAGUGCACUGACAAGCCUUAACUGCGCCUGACAAAGACUCAGAGAAGCACACGACAGAACCACUUUUAAGGACACCUUGGGAGAGAAAACCUGCGAGGUUGCUGAAGUCAGUGGGCUAGAAACAAAAAGUAAUGCCGAUGAAUACUUUUAUAAUAUUUACUAAAUGCAUUGAAACGCGCUUUUUUGUUCAAACAAUACUUGAUUGUGUACAUAAACCAUCCUUAAAGUGCUGGUAUGAAUGACAGUGAAGACCAAACACGCGUAUAAUAGGCCUGUGAGAGUGGCUGCAAGUGUUGAGUGAGUUGUUGAUCACUUGCUCUGUGAAAGACCCUUUUGGAGAUUUGGGUGACCUGACAACUUGCGACUUUUUCCUCCCCCCCCACUUGAAUUGAUGGACACCUUCCCGGAGCGUUAGUCCAACCUCACUUUCUGCUGCUUUCUCAUUUAUUCUCCGUUAUUCUUUCAUUCACCUCAGAGACUUUUUUUUGUUUGUUUAAUUCACUAGUUCAAGGCCUGUUUUCACGAACUUUUCUAUGGAGCACGUGGAAUGUCACGAACUAGAAAUAGAAAUAGAAAGUGGUCUAAGCGGUCAGAUAUUUAUGAGCUAUUCCAGACACUUGUUAAUAGUUGCGCACGCCUAUUACAAUUCAUUUUGGGGGGCACUGUGAUAUAAUAAAAACUGAGAAUUUCUUAGAAAGCCUGAAUCCAAGUGUUUCAGGAGUUUCGUUGAGUCUUUUGUAAUUUAUUAAUUUGGAUAUUUAUGAUGGAUCUUUUGCUUGCAUUGCACAUUGUCGUCAUUUUUUCUUAAUUGCUGUAUUUCCUGCGUUUUUCUCCUCAAACUUGACUGAGGUCUUCAGAUUAAUCGCGUUGUCAGGUCAGGCUGUGGAUUAUUGUAGAUACUUUAGUUAUUAUAUGAGCAAAGUGGGACGUUUGUAUGUAUUUCAGUGUUGAAAAGCUUUAUUAAAAUAUUUUGAACAACA